AUGCCUUCCUUCAACCCUAUAACGAAUAUUACGGGGCGCAAUGCCUUUACUCUGUUCGAAAUUCGGCUAGACAAUGACUUUCUUGUCUUUCGCGGAAACGAACAUGAGUCGUCCGGGCAGAUGCUGAAAGGAACCGUCGUUCUCUGCCUGCCUACGGCACUGAAGGUGGAAGAUGUUCACCUCAGAUUGUUGGGAACCGAGCGGUUAGCCUGGACCGACUCCAAAGUAACUCCCACAGGUAUCUCGAGCCAGAAAGUCGACAAGACCAACACCAUCUUCUCGCACAGAUGGGAGCCGUUCGUAGGCGGCGGUGCUUCCAAGAGUACAACGCUUGCGGCAGGAAACUACGAGUGGCCAUUCGAGCUGCUUCUUCCUGGUGACACCUGUGAGAGCGUGGAGGGCUUGCCCGAGGCGAACAUUAUCUACCACCUAAAAGCAACGGUCGCCCGAGGAAAGUUGGCCUACGAUCUACACACCAAGAAGAGGGUUCGAAUAAUAAGAACGCUGGAGUCGUCUGCGCUUGAGUUCCUACACGCCAUGAGCGUGGAGAACAUCUGGCCAAACAAGGUCGAAUACUCGAUUGUCGUGCCUCAAAAGGCCGUCGUCUUCGGCAGCGAGAUUCCCUUGGAGACCAGGUUUACGCCUCUGUUGAAGGGCCUCGAAAUUGGCGACAUCACCUGUAAACUGGUCGAAGUGCACGAUAUCAUUGUUCAGUCAUUCCAGGGUCAUAGCAUCCGCGAAUACAAGAAGGAGAAGGAGGUGGCGCAAUGGACGGUCGCAAUGAGCCGGGAAGAGCACUGGCAGGACAUGAUUGAAGAUACCGGCCAGGAGGGCUGGGUGAUGAACACGACUUUGGAUCUGCCGAGAAAGCUGGGCAAAUGCAUGCAGGAUGUGAAUGUCCACGGCAUCAAGAUCCGCCACAAAUUGAAGAUGGUGGUGGCACUGAAGAACCCCGACGGCCAUAUCUCCGAGGUAAGCAAUUGA